GGUGUGUUAAGGUUGCGACGUUCCUCGAACGUUUUGUUUAUACCUUGCCUGCUCACGUGUUUCUGUAUGGGAGGGAUCAGGUUUCCUUGUGACGAGCAAGGCACGCGAUAGAAGGACACUGGGCAAGAAUAUGAAGGACUGUAAGACAAUCCAAACACCUACGCUAUGACGGAGGAUCACUGUCAUGGCCAACCACACGAUUACAGCACCUGUUCUGGGACUGAGUCAUUUCGGAACAAAGAAGAAGAUCAUUGGAGAAUGUCCCAGGCGGGAUCGAGUGCGUCGGGUCCGCAGAGUCCAACGCCGUCGCAUUCGGGUGUCGAGCUCGACCGCGCCUCGAUGGGUUCGGCGGCUUUUCCGGUCAAGGCAGGUCAACGCGGCAGGGGUUCGUGGACGACAUCGCCUUCCACUAGUCCAUCAGCCGUGCCCUUACAGAGGAAGGCGUUGCUGGAACAGCAUAAUCUGCAACAAGCCGCGUUACGCGGUGGACAGCGGCUCCCGACACUGGCACCUGCAGGCAGGCCGGAACAAGUUGGCGCGGGCGCUUCGCCGUUGCACAGCCGUGGCAUCUCGAGCAGCGACCUCCAACCCUUGCCGUCUCCGUUCAAUUCGCUGCUGCUGCUGCCCUCGGAAGACAGGGUGCACGCUGUUCCCGGCGACAUCCGGCCCGAUGCCAGCUGGUCUCUGCCGCAGCUCUGCAUUGGCCUUUGCGCCAUGGUGGCCUUUCUGUUGGCCAUCUUGUUUGCCAGCACUCUGGCUGUUCGUACCCUGAAGCACUACGACUUUCUGAAUCCUGCGGCUUACAGUAAGACCAAGAGCCCGCCCUCCGGACCACCUGCGUCUCCAGCCACGCCGACUACUGACCGAGAGGCAAUACUUGACAAGGACAAUAGAGACGUCCUGAACACUAGUUAUGUGGCCUUAUACGCGCCAGCCCUCCGCUGAGCAUCGGGUGUGCUCCCAUCAGAAGGGUAGGACCACGCAGUAAAGAACCGUAUGUUCUCUCUUCCAAUAUGGUACUUUGAUAUUUCGUCGCACUGCUCAACACGAAAGAAAUAAACUAACACAUUUACUACGGUGA